CCCUAUGUCAACAGUUGGUCGCUUUCGCUGGAAAUUAAAGUAGGUUCGGUUUCUGUGAAUAUACACGAUUUUCUGAACAUGAUAUCGGCAACUUGUGUAGCUCCUGUGAACAUAGCCCUAAUAAAAUAUUGGGGAAAGCGGCACGAAGAUCUAAUACUGCCCGUCAAUGAUUCCAUUAGCAUGACUCUUAGCACAGACGAGUUGUGCGCCAAGACAACAGUAACUGCUUCGGAAUUGUUUGAUACCAAUCGAAUGUGGUUGAAUGGAGAAGAGGUACCUUUCGAAGGGAGUCCACGACUGCAGCGCUGUUUAAAAGAAGUUCACCGACUGGCUGUGGCGAGGGGGUCCCAGAAGGUUCCCCCAUCCUGGAAGAUUCACAUCGCAUCGGUUAACAAUUUUCCCACGGCUGCUGGACUGGCUUCCAGUGCCGCUGGCUACGCCUGCCUUGUGUACUCCCUAUCCCGACUGUACGACAUCCCGCUAAACGAGGAGUUGACCACUGUGGCCCGGCAGGGCAGUGGAUCUGCAUGCCGCAGCUUGUAUGGCGGAUUCGUCCAGUGGCACCGGGGAGCCCUGGAUGAUGGCAGCGAUUCGGUGGCCAAGCAAAUUGCACCCUCAAGCCACUGGCCCAAUAUGCAUGUACUCAUCUUGGUGGUUAAUGAUGAGCGGAAGAAGACUGCCUCCACAAAGGGAAUGCAACAGGCUGUGAAGACUUCGCAAUUAAUCAAGCACCGUGUGGAUAAAGUGGUUCCCGAGAGGAUCAUCCAAUUGAGGGAAGCCAUCGCAAACCAUGACUUCCAAACAUUCGCCGAGAUCACGAUGAAGGACUCGAACCAGUUCCAUGCCAUUGCCUUGGACACGUAUCCACCAUGUGUGUAUAUGAACGAUGUAUCCCACAGGAUUGUAUCUUUUGUCCACGAUUAUAACGAGAUAAUGGGAGGCUAUCAUGCUGCUUACACUUUUGAUGCUGGUCCAAAUGCUUGUCUGUACGUUUUGGAGGAAAAUGUUCCGCAACUGCUGGAUGCAAUUCAGAAAGUGUUUCCAAGCGAUUUAAUUGAUAGUGACACGUACUUACGAGGUCUCUCUGUUCCAAAGGUUGAUAAUAGUCAUAAAAUUGACCCUGCUCAAAGGAACAAAAUCGAUUCGUUAGAUAUUAUUGCAAAAAAUUCCUUUAGAUAUAUAAUACACACAAAAGUUGGUGAAGGUCCAAGAGAAUUAAGCGCUGAAAAUAGUUUAUUGAUAAACGGACUGCCCUUGGAAAAAGAAAAAUAGUUUUCUAAAUGGAAAAUUUUAAAAUGCAACCCAACUUCCAACAAAGGUUUUUUCUGUUUACACAUGACAUGAACUUUGGUGCUUUGUUUUUUGCUUAAAUAUCAUAUUUUAUACUUAUAAAACUAUUUAUUUAAUUUAUUUAUAUUUUUAUAAGAAUUUCACUGAACAA